CGAUGCCCAUCGCUUCUUCGCCAUCUCGAGUCUUCUAAAACCUCCUGUAGAGUUAGGAAACUAGCUACGCCAUCAACAUCGUUGAAAUCGUCUUCAAUGUAUUAUCAAAAACCCACUGCAGAGAGGUUUUUGGACAGACUUCAGUUCCGCCAGCGACGAGCUAGAGACAAACUUUAGCUACUGUUAGCUGUUGAUAGCGAAGUACUAAGGUAAGGUAAAUAACUUAACGCUGCCUGACUAUUUUUCAAAAGUUAUCUAAUUUCGUCGAUGUGUCCUCCCUCGCCACCGUCACGGGACUUAGAAGUCAUGUUGGGCGAAUCACUAAGUCACCCUAAUAAAAACAAUAAGCCAUCCGUUUUGACAUCCCACCAUGUCGGGGCCAACCUAAGCAAACCAAGGCAAGCAAUGUUGAAGAAAAGUGGGAGAAAACAACCUCGUUCGACAAUGUUGGGGUUACAGCGGACACACCACCAAAAAACGAUGAGAAAAACCCCAUGCACCUGGCAGACAACAAUGUCGCAGUUUCGAAAUCCCCAGUGCAGAGUGCGGAGCUCACGACCAACCGGACCCAGGCGACUGCGUUGACCCUUCACAAUCUUAAGCAGGGAACAAAGAAAGAGCUACUGAAGUCAAAAAGUGGGAGAGUGGAGAGAGCCACAGGACCAGCAGGCCAGUCUGUCCACAACCUCAAUAGACACAAUCAAGCUGCCCAGAAUCUGAUCACCCGGAGCCCUAGGAGCAGGCACGCUAAUGCACCUGGCAAUGCUCUCUCAGUAAUGAAAAGCCACAGCAGCUGCCACCAGAAGCCACCCUCUGCUCCCUUCCAGCUCUGUGGAGAGGAGAAGAAGCCCUUCAACUCAGCUGACAGUGCCACAAUUGUGAAUGUAUCCCCAGCUGAGCUUGUACCCGAGGAGGAGCUCAAAGACGGAGAGAAGAUCUAUGCUGGAGCUAAAUUCAGCGAGCCCCCGUCUCCAAGUGUCCUGCCCAAACCACCCAGUCGCUGGGUUGGUGAAACUGUCCCCCAACAUUCCGACCACAGCCGAGAGAAAAUGACUUUUCAUUUGAAGUCUUUGCUGAAGGUUCAAGAUAAACCAUGAUCACAAUGGAUGGAACAGCUGGAACGAUCCUUCUAUACCUGAUCAAUGACAACACAUUUGGCACUAAAAAACUGGACCGAUUACUUAACAGCAACCGAAUGUAAUGAGUUUUUGAUCCGUAAUACAAUUUCACAUUGUUUUGAGCAAGCAGGCUUGUGUUUUUAUUUUAUUUUUAAUGAACUUCUGUAAAUGUAUAUUCUGUAAACAUGUAAAAUUAGUAUAUAUUUUUCAUGUUAUUUUAACAGAAAGUAUAGUUUUGUUACUGAAGCCUAAAAGAUGUUCACCAUGAACUGGUGCACUUUUUUACUGUAAAUAAUGGGCUGCAUUGCCCAUUGAGGGACAUUGAACGUAAGAAAACAUUUUACAAAUUUGCACAAGACUGACUGAAAAACAAACCACGGGUCCCCAUAGCGGCGAACAUAGAGUUGUGAUGGUUUGGGGUUCUGUGAACCUCACCCCACCUGUUGUGGCUGCUAUUGCCCUGAAAGCACUGUAGAGGACAGAACUCUCUAAAGGAAGAAUGUUUCACAACUCCUGUACUACAGUACACAUUUUUGUCCUCUAGUACAAACAUAAUCUUGCCAGCUCAACGGCCGUUUUGAGCUGGCUGGGUGGGCGAGAUUAAGAGGAUGGCGUGGCAAUGUGAAAGUCUAAUGAAUCAAUGAUUCCCUUUGAAGAGGACAACUGCCGCUGCAGAAAACAGACAUUCAGCACUGAGUGCUUAUUCUUUUAAGUCUCUAGCACUGACUCAUUUCUGUUAUGUUAAAAAAAAAAAAAAAAAUGCUUUGUAUUUUUAUUUAAUGUCUUUCAUUUUCCCAUCUAAAGCACAGAAUUAUAUUUACCCAAAGUGAUCUUUAUUAUUAUGUAACACACCUUUGACCCUAGCUAACAGAUUGUAACGGACUAAUGUGAUAAGAUCCUGAUGCUUCAUUAGCUGUUACAGAUUAGGUACUGUUUGGCUCAGUUGGUAGAGCAUGGCGCUUGCAACGCCAGGGUUGUGGGUUCAAUUCCCACGGGGGGACCAGGAUGAAUAUGUAUGAACUUUCCAAUUUGUAAGUCGCUCUGGAUAAGAGCGUCUGCUAAAUGACUUAAAUGUAAAUGUAAAUGUACUGUUUGGCGUAACACAGAGCAUUUUUGACCAACCUUAACGUGGCCACACUUCCUCAAUACCUAACAACCAGUGUCUUCUAAACGUCCAUGUCUAGUUGCAGGGGGUUUGUUUGAAUUUAGAAAGUGUGCCGUUAUUAAAUUUAAAUCGAUGUGUAAUCCUACAUCUUGUCUAUUUCAAAUCUUCUCUCAUUGACCGAGACAGGUGAUUUGACCUCUGGAGCCAGGCAGCUGCUAGAUCUUGUUCCUUGACUCUCAGUGAUGUCACAAUGAUGAAAUUGUAUUACUGUACCGAAGAUCGACUCAUGUUGUUGCAAUUGUUAAAAGAAAAGUGAUUUCUAGUCCAGUCACUAAAUUUGUAUUCAUGUUUAAAAAACACCCAAUUAGAAAAUUAUUUUUAAUUUUGAUGCAUUUAAUAUCUAAAUUGACAUUAAAAUGUUGGCUACCCCCAAUA